AUGGCACGUCAACUUUCGACUGCUUGCUGCGUUAUGAUUGGGGCCAUCAUUCUCCUUCCUGAGGCGCACUCAAGGGUCUAUCAGACCACCUACGAUGCUCAAAGGGAGCUUGCGAUACCAAAACGGUACUACCUGCAAUAUCGUUCCUACCGAGACGACCAUGCGGUACCAGAGGCGGCUAAGUGUGUGUCGCUGCUUGUAGUGAGCAAUGUAUAUGGUCAAAGAAACGCCAUUCUUUAUUACAAGCAGACUCUUCAGGGUCCACUUAAAACCAAGCAAGUCAAGAUAAGGACUCACAAAGCACGUGGCAGCCGCAGCGCCAUGGACAAUAUGAUGACGAUCACCGAUGAUAGUACAGGAAGGCAGCUCUACGAUCAAACGCUUCAAUACACCGACUACGGCACUUGUCGUGUGCUUGUUGAGCAGUUUUCUUUGAGCAGACAAUGUAGCCUCUGGUUGAGCCCCGAGAGAAGAAGGGGAAGAAUUCCAGCUGCAUGCUCGCAGGCCUACACUGAUAUCUGCGGAGAUCGAAGACAUCACAUUGAGGAUGGCCGUUGUCCUUAA